AUGAUUUAAUAAGCAAGUUUGAAGUUAAAAUGUUAAGAAGAUAACCAUAAGGAAGAGAUUGAUUUUAUUUGUUAUCAUGAAUUUUGUACAGGAUUUUGAUUAAAUUGUUUUGAUUGUUUUAAAAAGGGAAUUCAUCAUACUCAUUCUGAUGAUGUUAAAAAAGUUAACAGUUUGAUUCCAUUUAUUGAAAGUAACAAUAAAGAGUGUGACAAUUUGAUUGAUGAUCUUAACAAAUGUGUAGAAACUCUGAAUCAAUCAUUCUCUUAGUUAACUAAAGGAAUUAGAAAUAAAUAUUCAUUAGUUAAAGAAAGGCUUGUGAAUAUGAAUUCUUACUAAAUUAAUGAUUAUUUGAAUUCAACUAUUAAAUUAAUGGAAUAUAAAUAAUCAAUUUCAAAAAUCAUUUAGGAAUAGAUAAAGAAAUUAAAUCAUGCAUUUAAUAAUUUAUAUGAAUAAUUGUAAUUAUCAUCAUUUAAUUAUUAUUAAAUUGAUGAAAAUAAUAUUUAACGAGCUGAAGAUCUAUGCAAUUAAGGUAACAUAAACAUUUAAUUCUUUAGGUAAGAAAUUAUAUUCGGAUUUGAAUUAUAAUGAGGCUUUAACAUAUUUCGAUAAGUCAAUUGUAAUAAAUCCUAGUAAUUAGGAAUCUUUACUUUAUAAAGGUUUUAAUAAGAGUAUAAUUAUAAUAGGGAGUUGUUUAAGGAUGUUAAAUAAAUACGAGGAUGCAAUCACUUGGUUGGACAAAGCAUUAGCUAUUGAUCCAAAACAUGUUGUUUCCUUAUGUAUUAAAGGUAGAUUUGAUCAUCCUUACAUUAAUAGGUGAUUGUUUAAGAUUAUUGAAGUAAUUUGAUAAAUCUGAAAAAAUUCUCCAUUAAGCUAUUUAGCUCAAUCCUAACCACACAGUUAGUCUUGAUAGUCUUGGUAUGUGUUGAUUUUAUAUUCAGGAAUCUGCUUACAAGAUUAGUAGAAAUACUAAGAAGCUCUGAUUUAUUAUGAAAGAAGUUUAAAAGUUUAAUCAAAUAAUUAAUGGACCAAAAAUCAAAAGGGUACUUAUAUCUUGUCAAUUUAGAAUUUUGUGAACAGAAAUUGAUAAAGUGA